AUGCACUACAUCCGCUUGAUGAGACCGCCAAGUCUCGACGAGAGGAAUCGUCUCAAGCUUGUGCUGAUCAUAACAACAGAUCUGGGCGACUCGCUGCUCUGUCCAGACGAGCCUGUUCCCAUCUCCGUCUACGUCUUCAAUCAUGAUGGAGGAAAAGUCAGAAUCGAUGAUGGGCGGAGUUGCUGGAGGGCUGGGAUGCGGGUCCUCAAGCUCGACCUGCCGAUUCCCGCGAAGACUGCGCAGAGGGCCGCCGGCAGGUCCACGAGGAUCAGGAUCGUCGCAUCUCGCGAGCUUUCAGAUCCCCCAGACGCUGCAGAAGUCCCGUUUGACACAGAAGGCCGCAUUCUUGGGCUAUCCGUCCCGUUUCCCAAGCACGGCCAGGAGGCCUGUUAUACAGCUACGAGAGAGUUGAUGACAGGUGUCGACGGUACGACUGCCGUUCUCGAGAUCGAGGAGGAGAUGGGCGAGAGUAUUGACCGUCAUGUGUGGGACGCUGGUGUGGUCACGACGGGCCUAUUUCUAGAAAUAUGCAGCUCCAGCGGAGAGAGGGAAAUGAAGUGGCGGAGGACGCCUCUGUUGCGGGAGAUGCUGCAUUCUGUCUCGCCCAAGAGUCCGCUGCAUAUCGUUGAGCUCGGCUGUGGUGUCGGGAUUUUGGGUAUCGGGCUUGCAAGGGCUUUAUCUGGUGCACAAUCGCCUACUGUUCGCGUUCUUCUGACCGACCUGCCAGAUGCCGAGGAGCUGGCGAGAAACAACAUCAUCUUGAGCACGCGCUGUCAGAAGCGCAGCACCUCCCAACAAGACGACGACACCCCAUCCCUCGAUUUCGAAAGUCUUGACUGGGAAGACGGCAAGACAGGCGCAUUGGGUCCCCAAGCCAGCGCCAUCAGUUGGGACCUCAUCAUCAUCUCCGACUGUACCUACAACGUGGACAUGCUGUCCGCCCUCGUCAGGACCCUAUCCGCACUGCACAAGUCAUCCGUCGCGCUGGCAGGCGGCAAGGGGGCUGGGCCGAAGGUCAUGCUCGCCACUAAACCUCGGCACUCGUCGGAGAAAGCGCUAUUCGACCUCAUGAAGGCGGAUAGGUGGGAUGUGCUUGAGAGCGCAAGCCAGCCGCUUCCUCUUCUGGGGCUCGAGGAUGAGCAGGUGGAGAUUUAUCUCUUU